AUGGGAUCGAGCGCCAAAAAGAAGAGAGAAAAGAAGGCCGACUUCCAAAAGACCAAGCUCAAAGUCGGCAAGACAAAGGCCAAAGCAGCAAACUUCACCGACACGAGUUUCAAGGCAAAGUCGAUUGUGCUCAACCAGCAGUCGCUCGCGACCUCGGCGCCUUCGCUCGACCAGCAAUUCACACACCAGCUCUCGCUCGCCAGUUCAAAGACCGACUCGCAGCGCCGCGAUGCCAUCAACUACCUGACCAACAUCAUUACCGAGCACCCGAACAAUCUGCCUUUGCCUGUCGCCACCAUCCUCCCAAAGAUCCAGCCUCUGAUUCUGGACGCCUCCAACUCUGUCCGCGCCGCUCUCACAAAGCUGCUGCGUGCUCUCCCGCCGGCUCAUGUCGCUACCCAUGUCGACCACAUGCUGCUGUACGUGCGCGCCGGUAUGACCCAUCUGGCCGCCGAAAUCCGCAACUCGUCCCUCGACGUGCUAGAAUGGCUGCUCCAAACCGCCGCCCAAGAGCUCGUCAGUUGCGCAGGCGGCUGGCUCAAGACCCUACAUUGCUUCCUGACCCUUCUGGGCUGGCACUCAACCACACAGCCUGGAAACUGGUCCUCUGAACGCGCAGUCUCCUUUGGCAAACCCGGUUCCGCUGCCUCGAAACUGCUCAUCAAGCAAUUGAGCAUUCUGACCAUGUUCUUGCGUGCCGCCUUCACCGAUGAAUCUGCUUCGGCGCUGACAAAUGCCUCAUGCUUCCCCCUGUGCAGCACCGAGCACCAGGUUCUGUACGCUCGUUCGAAUCCAUUCCGCGGUCUCAAUCUCUUUGGCGCUCCCAAGGAUGCCGAGAACGCCAUGUACGACGACGCAGAGGCUAGAAAGAGAGCUUUCGACGAUGCUUCCGUGCGUGCUGUCGCCCGUGGUGUCCAAGCCGCCAAAAAGGAGGGUGGUGAGAUUGGGAGAGCCGCCUCUGGUCUGGAAAAAGCCUUGGUCGAUGGCAUGGGCGAGUUUCACCGCGACGCAGAGUAG